AAGUAAGUUGCUCUUGAUCUAGUAAAAAACAGUGAGAAGUCAUGUUCUCUUGUGUUCCAAUGCGAUUUAGGAGGAGGUUAGUUUAAAAUGAUUUGAUUCAUGGCUCAAACAGACGUAUGUAAUAAAACUAUUCAAAAUUUGUGUAUAUUUUGAAUAAAUAUACUUCUUACCAAAGAAUUCAAUUUUAUGAUAAUUUGAAUUCUAUUAAAUACAGAAUCAUUCUGUAUUUUUUAGGAUGCAUUAAAAGAGAAUGGUGGUCUAUACUGAGUUUGAAAUGAAACAAAGGAGAGUUGUGAUUUUGUAUUUUGUAUUGUGAAAUGAAGGAAGAGUAGCAUGAGAUGAGCAAUGGUGGUAUGGGCACACUGCACAAACAUACACACCUUGUGAAUCCCAAAUAUCAUAGACCUACUUUUCUCUUAUUAUCUCUUUCCAUUUAUUGCUCUACAUUUAAUUCUAGGACCAACCUAGACGACGACGUAACGUUCCUCCAUUUUUCUGCUAUUAUUCAAAUCUUUACAGGGUUCAAGAUUCUCCUGCCUGACUUAUCGUGUAAAUACCAUUGAGAGUUGAUACAUCUCCUCAGCUGAUAAAACCGACGUGUUUGGGGGAACACAAGGCAUUAAACUUGUGCAUGAAGCAACUCUUUAUUCUUUCUUUGUAAGAGAAGAAACAUAUGAUGACCUGAGACCAAAGAAGAGAUUUUGCAUGAACAGAAGAAGACAUAGCCGCAAAACUAAGUAUAUCCAUUGCAUAACACAAGAGAAAAUGGCUAAGCAUUGCAGAAACUCAAUUCUUAUUUAUAUGCAGACCAAUAAACCCUAAUGGAUAUUAUUCAACCAAUUCAGAAAGAGAUCAUCAGAGAGAAAAGAAAUUCAAUUGAUGGCACCAAGUGGGGAAGCCCAAAUAAAUUUUGUCCCCAAAUCUGAAUGGAAAGAUCAACCUGACGCCACUAUUCUCACUAUUGAUCUUCCAGGUUUUACAAGGGAGCAAGUAAAAGUAACCUUUGUGCAUGCCUCAAAGAUGUUAAGAGUCACCGGAGAACGUCCCUUAGGUUAUCGGAAAUGGAGCUGUUUCAACGAAAUGUUCACUGUUCCACGGAAUUGUCUAGUGGAUAAAAUCCAUGGGAGCUUCAGCUUCAACACCCUAACAAUCACCAUGCCGAAGGAGACAAUUACAAAGAUGCCUAACCUUCCAGAAACUCCUAAAACUGUGGCUGAGAGGGUGGAGAAGCUAGAGGAGAAGAGACUGUUGGAAGUAGCUAGAAAGAAGGAAGAAGAGGCUGAGAAGAUCAAGAAGCUUCUUGAAGAGAAAGAGGGGAUAAUUAGGAAGCUGCAAGAAGAAGCUAAAGCAAAAGAGAUGGCUGAGGCGAAGAGGCUGCAAGAAGAAGCUAAAGCAAAAGAGAUGGCUGAGGCGAAGAGGCUGCAAGAAGAAGCUAAAGCAAAAGAGAUGGCUGAGGCGAAAAAGUUGCAAGAAGAAGCUAGAGCAAAAGAGAUGGCUGAGGCGAAAAAGUUGCAAGAAGAAGCUAAAGCAAAAGAGAUGGCAGAAGCAAAGAAGCUUCAAGAAGAGGCUAAAGCAAAAGAGAUGGCUGAGGCAAAGAAACUUGAAGAAGAAGCUAAAGCAAAAGGGAAGCUUGUGGAAGAAGCUACACCAGAGAAGAGCACCCAGGAGAAGAAGCCUGUGGACUCUACCAAAUCUGUGUCUGAAAGAGUAAGCAAGGUUGUGAAAUCAGCAGAAGAGAAACUAGGUUAUUUGGGGGAGAAGGAAAAGAAAAUAAGGAAAGGGAUAAUGGAGAAAGUAAAGGGAAAAGAUUUAACAAGCGAAGAGAAGAAGUCAAUGGUGAAUGUAGGAGUGGCUACCUUGGUUCUGUUUGCUCUUGGAGCUUACGUUUCCUACACCAUUUGCUCAUCUUCCUCCUCUUCAUCUUCUACAUCUUCAUCUUCUUCGUCUCCUUCUUCAUCAACUUCUACAAAACCAGAAUGAUAUGUUCUAAAGAAGUUGUGAGAAGGAGAACAUUUAUACUUUGUAAAUGUGGUAUAUUCUGAAAUAUAAUAAAAGUUCUAUUGAUUGUGAGAGUUUGCUUUUUUAUUUUGGUAUUGUUCAACAAACAUACAAUUGUUAUGGUUUAAUUUAACUAUAUACUUUAACA